AUGAUGUUUCGGCUGGCGAGAGGCUUCGUACGAAAUACUGGGAGCUAGAGUCCAACACACUGCUGACCUGAGAAAGGUGCCAAAUGCUCGAAGACCGAGUUCCUUUGCCUCACUAGCGAAACGACCAAUUCUUGGACCGGUUGCAUUAUCACCAAUCCGAUCGGUCCACGGCCAAGCCACGGAGUAUCUUCAAUCCUACGAUGUUGACCUAAGCGAGUCUCAGAAGACCGUUCGCGAAGCAAUCGCGAAGAUUUGUGCCAAUUACCCAGACGAGUACUGGCAAAAACUGGAUUCGAACCAUCAAUUCUCUCUAGAUCUUCACCAGCAGCUAGCCAAGGCCGGCUGGCUCGGAAUCUGUAUGCCAGAGGAAUAUGGCGGCUCUGCUUUAGGCAUCUCGGAAGCAUCAAUCAUGAUGCAAACGCUGUCAGAGUCCGGAGGAGGUAUGACAGCCGCCUCUUCAGUGCACAUGAACAUCUUUGGUUUGGAACCCGUGGUCAAAUACGCCACUGAGGAGCAGAAGAAGCGCUGGCUCGUCCCCCUGGUCGCAGGCAAAGAGCGAGCAUGCUUCGGAGUAACGGAACCAAACACUGGCCUUGAUACCCUCAAACUACAAUCUCUUGCAACAAAGAACUCGGAGGGAAAAUCUUACAGCGUCACUGGCUCGAAGAUCUGGACAUCGACAGCUCAGACAGCGGAAAAGAUUUUGCUACUCGUACGCACCACGCCUUUGGGAGAAGUAAAGAAACCCACGCAAGGCCUCUCGCUCUUCUACACCGAUCUCGACCGCUCGAAGGUACAAGUUACAGAGAUAGAGAAGAUGGGCAGAGCAGCGGUCGAUUCCAACAUUCUUUUCUUCGACGGUUGGCAGGUUCCAGCAGAAGAUCUCAUCGGCCAAGAAGGCGAGGGCUUCAAACAGAUCAUGACAGGAAUGAACGCAGAACGAAUCCUCAUUGCAGCAGAAGCCCUGGGGCUGGGCUUCGCUUCGUUGCGGAGAGCAGCCCUCUACGCUCAAGAGCGCGUGGUGUUCGGUCGGCCCAUCGGCAAGAACCAAGGAAUCCAACACCCGCUUGCAGACUCGUGGAUGAAAGUCGAAUCGGCGAGGUUGAUGGUCUAUCAAGCUGCUAGGAUGUACGAUAAUGGAUAUCAGACUGGUGAGUAUGCCAAUGCUUGCAAGUAUCUCGCAGCCGACGCAGCAUACGAAGCCGCCGAGAGAGCUGUGAUGGUACACGGUGGCAUGGGAUACGCGAAGGAAUAUCAUGUUGAGAGAUACCUCCGAGAGACCAUGUUGCCGCGACUGGCACCCGUGAGCAGGGAAAUGAUCUUGAACUAUAUUGGCGAGAGGGUCUUGGGUCUACCCAGGUCGUACUGA